CCUCGCUUACAAGGCUCGAUCUGAGUGGAUGCACUGAACUCAAGUCCCUCAAGGGAAUCUCCGAGAUGCCAAAGUUGGAGACAAUUUUGCUCCCCAAGUCCACCGAGUCCCUUGGAGGCUUGCCGAGGGAACUGCCUUCGCUAAAGCUCCUCACAUCCCCAUGAUCUAUUGGACUCGCGUCUCUUGGUUGGCCGUCAGCGGUGCCGAUGUUGCUUGAGCUCGACAUUCCAACCGGCGUUGAGGCCCUCGUCGAUGUUCCCGAGGAGCCUCCGUCCUCACCAAGCUCACAAUCUCCUCGCGCAAACCCCACACCAUUGAGCCAACUCCCAAGGAUGCCAAAGCUCAAUCAUCUCGUCCUCUCAAGUCAAUUUGUGAGCCUGGCCGAUCUGCAUGUAAAUCAAAGCUCCCUCACAGUCCUCGAUUUGCACGCUUGCUGCGAAUUGAAGUCGCUGGAUGACAUUCCCUCGUAUCCCAAGCUCGAGAUUCUUCACGUCCCUCGAUCGAUUCGCAGAGUCAGCGGACUGGUCGACAAGCUUCCCUCGCUCAAGACACUGCAUUUGGACUCAAGUAUGAGGCCAUCCGAUCGAUCCUUGUUGGCUGGCACGUUUGGCCGAUAUGCUGGCUCCUUCAGUCUUGGAUGGAGCAUCAUUCGCCGGAGGAUUUCCGGGCUUCCGAAUGGAUGUCGAGUGGUGUUCAACGAUUCGUUCGAAUACACCUUUGGCUCAUCCCCAAAGUAGCUCAGCAUGGAGCUGCUCAAUGUCAUGUGUUCAUUCUCCAGGUUUUACUCUCUAUGUUUUCCAUUCCACUCCGUUUCGACUUGUUUCUUCCAAUUCAAAUUUCUUCCUCACACUUCCGACAUCUCACUUCGUCCGAUCAGAUUGUGUGAUAUUCGUACUGGAGGACGGCUCUGGUGCUGUGGUGUGAGACGAUCCUGCUUUGUUGCUGUCAAACCCGAAGCGAGUCCAAAUCCCUCACAAUCUAUGACAGUCCACACACCGC